GUAAUGCGAUUGUUACGUAUCCUAUUGUUACAUGCGUUGCGAUGCAACACAUUUUCUUUUCAACCUUGUUUAGUCAGAGAAACAGAUUUCCUCUCGAGAGCAGACCUGUGUAACUUUAUUUUCUUGUGCUGAUCAACAUGAUCAACGACCAUAUUUAGCAUCUGAAUAUAUAAAUUGUUAUGUUGGAAUGUUUUACAACGGCUUAUUGACUGCUUGCUUAUCGUCACCAAUAGAUAAGACUUUAUAGUUCCAGAUUGUUUCAGGAAUCACUAAAUUCUCGGGGCUGUUUUUGAUGUGACUAAUAAAUGUUUUUGAACCAAGACCUACAAUUCACGUUUCGUCUGUUUGAGCCCUCAACAAAUGGUGUCAGAAGUGGGAUGCUGAAGAUGACCUCGUCGGACAUCACCGAACGAAACUGAAGUGAGUGGAUGCAGGGAAAACAGCCCCGGACCCGGAAUAACAGCUUCAUAUAACCAGGUUUCAAUUCAGAGAGACAGUUCAGAUGGUGAAAUUUUGAAUGUAAAUUGAGAUUUAUUAAGACUAUCUAUUCAUUAUAAUAAUAGUAUUUUAAUGAUUGUAGAUGUACUGUCCAUGAGAUAUAUAUUGAUUAUUGAAGCUUAUAUGGUAUUAACGUGGAAUUAAGGAUUAUCAGUAUAAUUUAGCACUUGUUACUUUUGGGUAUCACUUGUGAAUUAUGUCUCAAGGUGAAGGAGAUAUGAAUAGUAGAAACAUGGAAGUAAUGGCACAAGUUUUCAAAAAAGCUUUGGGACUUGGUGGUAUCCUUCCCCCUGGAAAAUUAUCAAAGUUUAGAGGGAGUCCACAAAGAAGUGGUGAACCAUCUCUUGGCGAAUGGUUGGAAGAGUUUGAUGACGCGACUAGCGGUAUGGGUCUCAACGAAUCAGAGAAGACUAAAGUGUUCUUGGACCAUCUAGUCGGGGCGGCAAAAGAUGAAAUUAUGUGCUUGCCGGAAAGCUCGAAAGGGAAGCUGAAGGAAAUGAAAGACGCAUUGCGAUUGUGUUUCGGUCAGAAUCAAAGUUCGCAUUCUUUGAGUAGUAUCUUUUUUAGCCGCACACAGCAGGAAGACGAAACACUUGCAGACUUCAGUCGCGCUCUCAAGAAACUGUAUGGUCGGAUGGAGAACGCAGCUGUAUCUCAAGAAGAAUCAGAAGCACUCAAAAAGUUGAAGGACAAGUCACUUUGUGAGCAGUUUACACAAGGAGCAAGAGAAGUCUGGGUAAAAAGAGAACUUCGAAGAAUCUUCCUCUCUAAAGAAAAGGAGAAUUUCGAAGAAAUGAGGAAGGAAGCUCUGUUACUCUUUCAGGAUGCAACUGAACCAGCGAGGAGAGCUCGUGUGAGAGAAGCGAUAGUCGAGGAAUACGCAGUUCAAACCUCAACUCCAAAACUGAACGAUGUUCUUGAUCAACAGAAACUUCUCAUCCAAGAAAUAACCUACAUGAGAGAAGAGAUGUCUGGUCUUCGUACCAUAGUGAAAGAUUUGAAGUCCCCGAAUAGAUCACGACGCAAGCCAUUUUCUGAGAUUGUCUGCUACAGAUGCAAACAGAAGGGGCACUACAAGAGUUCCUGUCCUCAGACCUCCACCACUAGCUAUGAAUUGUCCCAGACCAGGCCAACUACGGCGGAAAACUAGAUUGCUCUGUUGUUGCGGGCAAAACUGCAGAGACUGACACCACCAUGCCCAAGGCUGAGAUGAAUAGAGUACAUAUCG